CGAACGAACGAUUUAAUCCGACGGCUAUUGCUCAAAGCGUGUUAUAAUCAAACGGCUAAGUUUACCUCUCCGCCAUAAAUUUCCUUGAUAACCAUCGCAGCCCGCACCCGAGCGUCCGACGGCUACUAUUAUUGCAGGCAGAAUUAGGGUUCAGCUAAAAACGAUCGGCCCCUCUUGUCGACUCACCCGAUCAUCGAUGACGUGCGACGCGUGCGGCUGCGCUUGCAGCGCCGGCGGCGAGGCACCCAGGGACGAGCUGAAGCCGCCACUGCUGGUGGAUAUCGAGACCGGACCCAGCCCCAUCACGGCGGCGCCGGCGGACAGCGAGGUCGACGACGGGAUGGACAAGGCCCGCUUGAUCGUCACCUCCAUUGCCCGGGGAUUGUUGCUUUUGCUGUGGUUGUAUCUGGUCGAUUUAAUGAGAAGACCUUUCAUCAAUGACGGCGAUAGUGAAUUUAGCCCGAUACACAUAGUUUGUGUCGGUUUCCCGGCCGUACUCGUGGGUAUGGUCUUCUGCCAGAUCUGUGUGUCCAUAUCCGUUCCUAAGGAUGCCUCUGGAGUUCCUAUAGGGUUUGAACUUUGAAGUAAACUGAGAUUUGCGCCUUUACAUGAAAACCCAUAUGAAUUGCACUCAAACUUCUUCAAAAUACUGUGUAAAUGUUAUGCUCAUUAAGGCCUUUCCAAUUUGAACUUUGUUGAA